AUGGCAACUAUCACUCUCCAAAUAGGAAAUCAACAAAUAACUACAACAUACAAAACAAUUAGAAAUGAUAUUGGACUAAUUAUUAAUGAAAUGAUUGGAAAGAAUGAUAAGGAAGUUGAGGAGUUUUAUCAGAAAGAAAUGAAUAUCAUGAAAGAAAUUGGAGAGAAAAUCAAAGCAACAAAGGAUGGAUAUGAAUAUUUGAUAAAACAAGUUGAAUUAAUAGAAGAUGCACACUACAAUGUCAUCACACAUUGUUAUGAUGAUAAUUACCAAAUGAAUGAACGUGGAAAAAGAAGUAUUGUUUGUUCAAUAAAAUAUUUUAUAUAA